GCGAUAAUGAGCGUUUUCCCCUGAACUGAAGAAGCAGAAGGAGACGCUGCAGUCACGGCGCUGUGGGAAACACCUCUGUAACAGGUGCGUGGGAGCGUGAGCUGAAUGCAGAAGACUGUGGCUGUCCUGGGGGGUGGUGUCGGGGGUCUGUCCACCUGCUACCACCUCAGCAAGAGCACACAAGUGUCUAAGGUGGUGCUGUUGGAGGCGAGUGGACGCUGUGGUGGGUGGGUGAGCUCCACACGGAGAGAGGAUGGAGCUGUGUUUGAACACGGACCCCGGGGGGUCCGACCAGCCGGGACCGUGGGGAAACGCACCUUAAACAUGCUGACUGAGCUGGGUUUGGAGAGCGAGAUUCUGCCGGUUCCUCAUCACCACGUGGCCUCUAAGAACCGUUUCCUCUACGUGAAAGGACAGUUACACAAGAUGCCGUCCGGACUCGGUGGGCUCGUGCGCACCAUCCCUCCCUUCUCCCGUCCCAUAAUGCUCAGCGUGCUGAAGGAAGUUUUGGUCAGCAAGGGGACGCAGGAGGACGAGUCCGUGCACGCGUUUGUGUCCAGAAGACUGGGCUCCGAGCUAGCAGAUAUAGCGAUCGAUGCUCUGUGCCGUGGUGUGUUCGCGGGGGACUCCAGGAAGCUUAGUGUUCGCUCGUGUUUCCCACCGCUCUACAACGCAGAACAGGCCCGGGGGUCUGUCCUGCUGGGCAUGCUGAUGGGCUACGAAAAGCGCCCCCCGGUGGUCCGCUCAGCGCUGUUGCGACGGGCUCAGAAGGAGCGGUGGGCUCAAUGGAGUCUGAGACGGGGCAUGCAGGCACUUCCCGAGGCUAUGGAGGAGGCACUGAGGGGGCGUGAGAGGGUAGAGGUGCAUCACAACGCCCCCGUCAUGAGGCUGGACAACACGGCGGCCGGCUGGGAGAUCAAACUGGAGGACGGAAACACGUUGAAAGCUGAUCAUGUGAUUUCUGCUAUACCUGCAGCAGCGUUGGCCGCAGUGCUGCCCCCUGCUGCCCAGCCUCUGUCAGAACAGCUGCGAGCGAUUCCCACAGCGACUGUAGGGAUGGUCAACCUGGAGUUCAGCGGCUCCGUGCUGCCAGUAACGGGUUUUGGUCACUUGGUCCCCUCCUCUGAGGAUCGGGGGCUGUUGGGGGUGGUCUACGACUCCGUCCCGUUUCCACAGCACAACCGUGCUGGAGAACCCACAACCAGACUGACAAUAAUGAUGGGAGGCUCUUGGUUUGAGGAGGUUUUCGGCCAGCCGGACCGCGUGACGGAGCAGGAGCUGCUGGAUCGGAGCGCUGAGGCGCUGAGGACACACCUGGGCAUCACAGACGCACCUGCAUGGAGUAAAGCAGCUGUGUUGAAGAACUGUAUCCCACAGUAUCAUCUAGGACACUGGAAACGACUCGAAACGAUGAGGCGGUACAUCAGCGACGCCGGCCUGCCGCUCACUCUGACUGGAGCUUCCUACGACGGCGUCUCCGUCAGUGAUGUCAUAUCCAGUGGUCGUGAGGCAGCAGAGAGGCUUGUGGGGAAAGUCUGAGCUGUGGCUUUAGAGGAACUGCAGUGAGCUCACUUUACUUAGACUGUGAUUGUGAUAUUGUGAUCAGCAGAUGAAUGAGUUUAAAGGAACUUCAGCUUUAUUUAACCUAAUCUCUGCCUGCUGUACGGUCGAUUAGCACAGACGGUCAUCUCAACACGUUUACCUGAACAUAGAAAAGAACAGAAGACACUCUAAACAGGUGCUGAAGCAGCUGCCUAUUGACUGCCCAUUGACUUCUAUUAUAAAUGUUGUUGUAAGUGGAUCAGUGUGUUUUCUGUUCUUUACUGAAUUCAGGAAACCUCAUCAACUAUACGCUACAGUAGUAAUGAGAGAUACAUCAUUUCAUCCUUUAUACCAGUUGAAACUCUUUUAAAGGUGGUAGUUUUGCCAUUAAUGUUAUACCGGUAUGCAUAUAAAUGCAGAUAACGUGACGUACAAACAGGUCAGAACUCACUGAGUCCCUCACCUUUCAUGUACUGAGCUGCAGCCUGAGGUCAGUUAGUCCAGUUUAUGGUCAAAGGAGCGACAUCAGACUCUGAGUUAAUGAGUUAACGGGGAAAAGAGAGCAGAAUGUAAGCCAGUCUCUUAGGGUUAGCCGUUAGCCAUUAGCCUAGCACGUAGAGUAGCCGGCUCUCCGUAAGCUCUGCCUACGGCGCUCCCUGCUUGGCCGGCUGCUUCAGGCGACGCCGCAGUCUCUGCCUACAAGCCGAGAGGCUCCGCAGCUCCUCAGCUAAAACUGAUGGAGUGAACGGCUGUAAUAUUUACUAAAUUCCAGCAGCGUCUGACGCUCGGAGAUUAAGGCUCAAGACAAAUAUGAGCAUACGAGACAAACGACUUUCAGACGUGAAACAAUAUUCAGCAGCGUUUAGAGGAGGCGCUGUGGGCUUUACACACACUCGCCUUCAUCUCAUUAGGGUUAGACAAACAUACUGACGUCUGUUUAUACAUUGAUCAUUACUGUUUCGGCCAAUAGAGGUAUUUUAGAUUUGCUUCAGUUGUGAAAUGUGGUUCCCAUUAGGGACGUCCAGAAUAAUGCUUAUCAGAAGGUUGUAUAUGUUCGACUGUAAACUAGUAAAUACGACUUCUUGGUGCACUUUGGGUGCUCGUUCGUAGAUACGCCCACCAUACAGAACAAAGCAUGGCGGUCCAGAGGAUAUCCUGCUUUUUGUUAGCUGUGCUGAAAAGCACACAGAUCUAAUAGAAGCACAUUAGUUAUUAGUAUUUUUUUUUACAAUCACUGCAAGUUUUUCACUCAUGCAAAAGGUUCCAUUCUGUAAGAUCGUGUAUAAUCUAGAAUCCUGAGUUGACCAGUUUAAAUACUACUUUGUCGACCGAUCCAGCGAAAAUUUACAAGUUGGAAAUGUUUCUGACACUCAAACGCAGCAUAAACCGUCAUUGUUAAUCUACAGAAAAGGUUUACUUAAGCAUCUAAAAAGGUUUAAAUUUAAAAAAAUAUACAUACAUUUACUAUGAUAAUUAUACCUAAGAUAUAUAGGAUCAUAAACUAUGACACACACAGACACACACACACACACAAAACCUUGUAUCUCCAUUUUCGUUUUUUCAGUUUUUGACAUGAUUUGAAAGUAACUUUUGUCCUUUACAUUGUUUGUCAAUUUCAUGAUGUUUGGACCAACAGACAUCACCCAAAAUUACUUGGAAAAAUGUCUGGUUCCAUUGACUUACAUUAAAAGUAAAGUUGGUUUUUUCCUUCUUUUUUGUUCCGACAGCAGUGUAUGUGUAUAUAUAUGUACACACAGACACACACACUACUGAGAUAUAUACUGAAACUGUCAGUAAUCUGAAUUAUACUGACAUUUUUCAGACACAGAAAACCGAGAUUAGGUUAAAAAAGCUGAAGUAUUCCUUUAAAAACUCUCAUAUGUCAGUAACACUGUAUGUCCAGGUAUUCAAACUACAUGCCAAUAUUAUAAGCUUAAUAUUUAUCCCAAAUUCAGGCUAACUUUGCGAGUGAAAUAUUAGUUAAAAAGCAAAACAUAGAUGUGGUAUAUACGUAAAUAUUGUUUUGCUACUGCUAUGCAUCAUUGAAAUGUAACGUGCCUGUGUUUUGUUUCAUUCUAACCUUAUUUGUAGCUGUGGAUGGUCUAUAGACGCUCAAACAGUCAUCAGUUCACAGUUUGGUUUCACCAAUAAUACAAUUAGAAAUUCUUUGAGUGAGUAUUAAAGCAGUAAUUCAUUGGAAAAUAGUGAAAAUUGUGUAAAUGUUAUUUUUUUAAACCUCAAAAGCCUAAUUCUAAUUCUGUUCUUGGCUCUACAGGAACUUCAGGGUUAGGGAAAGUUUAAAGGGGAGUUCCACUGUUUAAAAAAAAGAAAUCCUCUGUAAUUGAGUGUUAAAACAGAGAGGUUCAGAGUGGUUUGGUAUGAAGUGGUUCAGAUGUCUUUACAGUGGUGGUGAUAGGAACCA